AACAACAUCCGCCCAGAGAAACCAGAUGGAUCUUAAACUCAAUCCCGGCAUCAAGGUAUGUGUGCGCAUCUAAAUAAGUGCAUAGAUGGAUUAAGGGGUAGGAUGGCGCGCUGCAAGCCUGACUAGACAACCAACUCGAGUUCAAAGAACGCACGCAACACAAUGCUGAGGAUUCGACCGUCACCAUCCCCAAUAGCCCCGAGUGACUGGACCCGAACUCGCCGGGAACUGCUCUUCGCCGCCAUUAUCCGGGGCUCAUGCGCCACAGGCGACCUAGGGCCCCUGAUUGUGCCAGGCUUUGUGUUCGUCGCGGCAGAUAUCCAUGUCAGCCUGACCAGCGUCACCCUCUUGAAGGGCAGUCUUAUCAUGGUCCUGGGCGUCAGCGCCUACGUCUGCUCCCCUGUUGCCAAUUGCUUCGGCAGACGCCCAGUGGACUUAUUCACCACGCUUUUGGUCCUGAUCUCAUGCUGUUGGGCUGCGGUUGCAAAGUCGUACUCCUCGCUGAUCGCAUCCUGUGUUUUCCAAGGACUAGGUAUGGGAAGAUUCUUUGCUCUAGCCGGAACAUCGUCCAACAACGAGGUCCUCCACGUGCACGAACGGGGCCUGCGCGUCGGGCUCUGGAAUUUUGCCGUCAUCGUCUCCGUCAAUCUGACCCCGAUCAUCAGCGGAUAUAUCAUUCCGGGUUUGUCCUGGCGCUGGGGCUUCUGGCUGGAGGUCAUUCUUUUUGGUCAUGGCUUAAACAGAAAUAUUAUCCAAGUUUGGCAAGAGUCCAGGUUCGGCUGUAUAUUGUUCUUUAUUCCAGAAUGUACACAACUGGAAACAAGUAAGCAUUUUCCUAAUCCUUGAUUAGAAAGAAGGCUUCCUGGUAUUGCCGGAGUACAGCCUGGCUCCAGAAAGCCUAAAAAAGCCAAAACCGGUAUUGUUGAGUCUAGCCGGGAUUUUGAAGUAUAAUGCUUCGUUCGGCA